AUGACCUGUCUCCUGGACAACCACCUCCUGAUCGACCCUGUCACAGCACUCAUUCCCGAUCGAAGUGAAGAACACCACGAGUUGCGCCGCAGAAUCCGAGCGCCUAUCUUUGAGCAGAUACGAAAACAAGUACUGGAGGGCGCUACUAUACUUAUGACAGCGUGUCUUGCCGGCGACAACGGGAGAGAUGCUGCCUUUCUUAGCGAGCACUUCGAUAUCGUGCGUGGGACCGACAUACCUAUCAUCUGGGUGAAUGCAGACUGUGACCCAACAAUUCUGGAGCAGCGCCUGGAGAGUCCUGAACGCUGCCAGGGGAGUAGGGCGAAGCUGACGGACGUACGUGUGCUACGGGACCUGUUGCGUGAGCAUCAUCUCAUUGAGCCGACCCAGAGCGCCGAUAGAUCCAUAAGGCUGGUGGUCAAGCAAUUGGAUGUGAAUGGACCGGUAGAUCUUUCAGCCAGUCAUCUAAUAAGAUACAGUCCCCGUCAGACUUCAUUGCUCCCCUGGGAGAAUGAUCUGAGCUCGGGUGACCAGAUGACGAUAUGUCGUCCAAUGCACACACUGAUGCAAGAGACUGACUGUGUCUAG